AAUGAUCACAGAGCCAGAUUGGAUUAGUGAAACCUAUUUACCAGAAGUUCAGAGCGGUUGCAUGAAGCUGAAAGGCAGUCAGUAGGGAGAAGUGGAAAAUGCACCAGAUUUACAGCUGCAGCGAUGAAAAUUUAGAAGUUUUCACUGUGAUUUCUUCCAAAUCAUGCAGUCCUGCCCGAAGACGAGCCAAAGCUACGCAACACAUCCUGGCAAAGAGUGUAAGACGCGGAGCAGGCCCCGCCAGCGGCGCGGCCCGGCACGUGGGAAUUACUGAACAGGAGUCAUCCAAGUCCUAUAAUCACCUGUUGGAUGGAAAAUCUUUGAUCCCGCCAUCUCCAGUUGCCCACAUCACGGUGAAAGCUGUGGCUGUCACGGGCUCGCCCACACGCGACCGCACUUCUAUGGAAGACCACAGGCAGCGCUGGAGGAAGACAACAGAGUAUGACCUGGCCCUGCCACCGGGAGCAGAAGCUUCCCUACCACUGACAGGAGGCAACCUGUGUGGGACACCCAGCCUCCUGAGGAAGAUGUGGAUGAAGCACAAGAAGAAGUCAGAGUACCUGGGGGCAACAAACAGUGCCUUUGAGGCAGACUGAUAAGGCUCAGCAUCCCUUGGAAAGGCAGAGGGCCCUUUAGCAGGACAAGGUGCUUAAGGAUCCAUGAGGGAACGGACACAGCACAGCUCAUCCAGAAAAAUUAUAUCCUUUUUGCUACUUGAUGCCAUUGCCUCAGAACAGCGGGAGAAAGGCUAACAAAGGUAAAAAUGGUGAAUAUGAUGCAACUCAAUGGCCUUUCCUUGUUGCAUUACACUAAAAUCCUGACUAACCCACUAGAUUUACCUCUUGACUCAAUGCUGAGACUACUGCUGACCCAUUCAACAUUUCCUGUGUCCUGUCUGAAUGAGCUUGGACUUGCAACAAGAGAAGCCUAUGGAGAGUUUGUGUAUUCCUGCAAGGCAACAGACUGAUUACAGAGUGCCAUUAAAUCCCAG